GUCGGACGUCACGCGAAGAGUUUGCAGGAAAAGUAUGGGAAGGACACCGUGGAGAUUCUACAUCCCUCCGCGGAUCCGCGACGGCAGUUUCCGGGCGUUCGCUUACUCGAUGGCAAAAAUCUAGAGGCUGCUUACCAGGAUCUGUGUGCCCUGGUUGCGGGCGAUAUUCGCAGCGGUGCCGCCGGCAUAGCGCUGCAGCUGACACCCUCGGAAGAGCAGGUUUGGUCGCAGUGUGCAAGGAAUGAGUCUUACAACCGUUCGGAAUUCGGUGCGAGGCUUCCCGACACGGCGCAGAAAAUCGCGCUCUGCCUUCGGGGAUUACUGAAACAGGACGUGCUGAAGAUAGUGCUUCGCAAACGUUGGCGCGUGGAUUUUGGGGCGCACCCAACGCGGGAGGCCUAUGACCUCGCUGUGCCUUUUCGGGCAAAAGACGUAGCUGCGGAACGCACAGAGUUCGGUUUCGCUGACAUGCUCCUGUCACUCACUUACAUACAGUACUACUUGGGCGGGUUGACAGCGGCGCAGCUGGAGAGUGUUUUCCGAGCCCUCCAGAGGCUCAGCGAGAGCGAAGCCAAAGCGAUCUACCGGCGCUGGAUGGAAAGUGUGCCCGCGACGGAAAAGGACGGCUUCGCGGAAUUCAACGGCGUCAACUUGGAGGACUCCUUCACCUUCGAAGAGCGGAUCUGGCCCACCCUUCGUUACCACACUGGGGUUGUGGAUUUUUGGUUGCAGCGACUCAUCCUACCAGUGCAGGCGAAGCAAUUUCCGAAAAAGCUGCUGUCAAAUGCGGCGGAUUUGUGCCGGGACUCGACACUGCUGGCCGAGUGGAAGGCGGUGACGACCGGCUUCUCGGGUACGGACGAUUUGAGCCUUGUUUUGCCGGAAACGGUGCGACAGCAGAACUUGCGGACUCUGGAAAUGACGAAUGGCAUUCAGCUGCGAAAUCUGCUGCGUCCAGAGAACAACGAGUACAUCUGUCCAGAUACCGACGCAGGUCUGUGCGAAGAGUCCGGCGCUUCUGCAACCGCAGCCAACUCGACGCUCGUACUGCUGGCGUAUUUGAAGCGGAGAAAGGAUAUCAGUGUGGUGCUUGACGCUGGCGGGUUGAUCCUCCACUACAAGGACAAUGAAGCAUUCGCGCGCGCCUGGCUGGCUGAACGUGAUCGCGACACGGAGGCCGUGGUGUUCUUUCGGGGUGACAAGACGUAUGUUGUUCGCCAGCGCGCACCCUCGCACGCAAGACCUGUUCCUCUGUCUUCCACUCCUUACGCCGAGGAUUUGAGUAAGUGCAUUAUCUACCUAGACGAUGUGCACACGCGCGGAAGCGACUUUCGACUACCUCUGACCACCCGCGGGCUCCUCACACUGGGGAAGGGAAUGCCAAAGGACAAGCUGCUCCAGGCCUGUAUGCGCCUGCGGCAGCUCGGGCACGGUCAGUCGUUGACGUUUGCUGCCUCGAGAGAAGUCGACCUGGCGCUGCAGCGGCACUAUUUCCCAGCCGCUUUGCGGCUUCUCGGGUCGGACUCGGAACGCGAGAAAAUCAGCGGAGUUUUGAGCUGGGCGAUUUCCAACACCGUGAUGCAGAUUUGUGACCUUUUCCCCUACCUCGUGAACCAGGCGCGUUCCUCGCUUCGUAAGGCGAUCGCGUUCAAGACGAAAAAGCAGGAGGGGCCUGCGUCCCUAGCAGCAGAGGUGGUCGAAGACGAAGUGUUGCAACUGGCGGACUUGUACGGACACGACCGGGAUGUCGCCACGCUCGCUGACAUCGCACGGCACCAGCUCGCGCGGUUUCUCCCGGAGCCGAGGAGCCAAGUUAGCUCCAAAAGGAUGUCACCUGCAAGUGGGGGCUUGACGCCCCGGACAACGGCCAGCACGCCCGAGGUGGCGUCGUCCCCUGAGGAAGACGACGGUGCGUGUCGGCGGCUCACGCCACGGGGGAACAGCUGCGGAACAACCGUAGUGGCUGCGGCCAUAGUGGCUCGCGUGGAACGCCUCGUGCCGAAUGUGCGAAGACCGUGCAACAUGUUUGACGAGGAGCAAGAGCGGGAAUUGGAAGCCGAGCUUGAGGAAGAAACACAGGUGGAGCGGCCUCCGCCGGCAUCGCCUGCUGAGGCAGAGGUGUCUCACGAAUUGCGUACUUUGCUGGAAAGCCAUGCGAUGUCUGAAUCUGCAGGCUUUCCUUCUGCUGGAGCGCUUCUGAACGAUACCAGCUUGCGGCGUACACCGCUUCGUGAUUGUCUGUACCAGGGGACGUUCGAUCCCUCGCUUGCCGACGUCAGGUCGAUCAUCAGCUCCUACUCGAAGGUCGUUUUCACGACCGACUUUCUAAGAACUGUGACAGGGUGCUCGACCGCGCACAAGGACGACUACCUGAAGCGAAUUCGGUUCAUCGUCCGGGUAGAGCGAGGAGCGGUGCAUGGAAGCAGUCCCGAGUUUCUCGUCGUCGUCUCGAAUUUCGAAGCGGAGCACUACGCUCACCUGCUCCGCUCGUCUUUGCGGGAGCCGAAUCCGAAAUUCAAUCUUUACGCUUUCGCGGCACUGACGCGGCUCCAGCAACCCAGGCGAUGCCUCACCAUGUCCGGCAUCGACGUGCCUCCGCUGGUGCAUCUUCUCGCAGGUAGCAUCCAUGUGGAUCCCGAACUCCUCGGAGAAGUUGCCGCUUACUUGGGACUAGUUCCUCGAUCGCCGCCACAGGAAGGAAAUACGGAGCAAUGGGACUUGUUAUUCUCCACGGGGCUGAUCCAACGUGACGGCUUUGUCGUGCCAGGCGCGAGGAGCUCCGUUGGCGGAACCCUAGGUCUCCGAGAAAAGCUCUCCGACAGUUCUUGUCCCUUCGCCAGCAGUGUCGUCGGCUUUGUGCACCGAUUCCUCGCGGAUUCGCGGCAUUUAGCUGAGGAUUUAUCAACGUCGCCGGUUGGAAAACUUCUUGGCGUGUCGGAAGUGCAGGGCUGUGACUAGAUAGUUUUGAUGCACGGGUAGGGGGAAAACAAAAAUAAGAAAAAUUUUGCGACGAGACGCCUCCUAAAGCCAAAAGCACCGAGUGCCCCCUUGUAAGACUAAACAAUGUAGUCGCUUUCGCUAUUGCAAUUGCGGAUAUCUUCACGCGGCGCUGGGGUAAACUGAAAGCAAGAGAACAAAGAAAUGCUGUUUCUUAGUCUGAGUCAUAUCAUGUUUUAACAUUCAUGCUAGACACUUAUUGCGAAGUGAAAGUGAUUGUGUGAAGAUGCGCUGGUCAUGAUAGGCCGAUGAUAUACAACCUGCACAGAUCGAGUGAUCAUUUUGGUCACCUCAUUCGUUUCUUUCGAUCUUUCAGCUCCGAGCUCGAACUCAUUCCAAGGUGUACAAAGACAAGCACAUUUUCCCAUUCAGACUGAUCAAGGUCCAGUGCAAUGAUAUCGUCGAUACCAAUCCAGAAGAACAAAGCAGAGCUUUUGUGAGUUUUCGCUUCAUCUCCGAUUGUGAUUGUCGAGCCAGCGACAGAAAGCCGGCCGCACAGCUUCCCC